CCCUCGCUCCCUCUCCCCGCCCCGGCCCCGCUUCCCACGGGCGUCGGCGCCGCCGCCGCCGCCGCCGCCGGCCCUGUUCUUCCUCGCCUGGGCGCCGCGCUGCCGCCGUCUCCACCCCGUCCGCCCACGCCCAUUGGGUUCGAGGUACCAGGUUUCUCCAUCUUCAUCCGGCGGUCAGGCUCAACACAAAUCCCGCUGAACCUCACGGCUUCCGGGCGCGCGCCGUCUAGAUCCGCCCUUACAGCAGCCGCUGUGGCGACCUGGGAACGGCUUGCUAGCUACUCUAGAUUGCGAAGGAGCUCCUAUAUAUGGCGACAUCCGACGAACAGGCUCACGAGGACCGACAGGAUAUCAAGGACGAACAACUGGCUCACAAGGACGACGAACAGGCUGAGAAGGAGUACGCCGAUUUCGAGGCGAGGGUCAGGAGGACGAUAUACAUCGAUCACCUCUCCCCCCUGGUCACCGCCCAGGUCAUCAAGGCGUCUCUCGCCCAGUGCGCCAACGUCGUCAGCACCGAGUUCAUUCAGAACUACACGAUCCAGUACGAGAUCCCCGCCGCUGCGUUGGUGGAGGUGGACAACGUGUCGCAGGCCCAGGCUGCUGUGGACCUGAUGAACAACUUCCCUUUCAUGCUCGGCGGGAUGCCCAGGCCUGUGAGGGCCGUCUUUGCAAAGCCCGACAUGUUUCCGGACCGCCCUAGGAAGCCUGGCUUGAAGGUUGAGUUCAGCUGGGUCAAGCAAGGAGAUCCAGGGUAUGAUGGGAUGAAUAAGCUCAAGGGCCUCGCCAGGAGGCAAGAAGCAGAAAAUAUGGCACUUAUCAAGAAUCAAUUGGAAGAGGAGAAGGAGCUGGCGGCGCAGCAGCAGGAAACCCUGGAAGCAAGCAAUAGCAAGUACGACAUGCUCGAGAAACUCAUAACUGACGGGGACAUUACUAAACUCGCUCAGCAUUACAAGGUCAAGCUGGGAGACGACUGAUGAGUUGUCGACGUACAAGCACCUCCCUCGGAGACUGCGGUCACCAGUGCAAGCAGAUUCUUGUUCUGCCCAGGGCAUCCCACUCGUAGAUGUGAUGGUGUGAUAGUAAUCAUCCAUUGGCUAGUCAUAAAGCAUCGAUUUGUUUGGUGCCGCCGCGCUCUAGUUGUAGCCAGCUGCAAAGCAGCAGUUCCUUAGUGUAACAACUGUCAGAUACAAUAUGAUCCGAUCCGUUGAUGGUACGCUUGGUGUAAUAUCAAUCUUUGUAUGACCUUCAAGCUUAGCAUGUCGGCAAGAUGAUCCAACGAUGUCUGGUACCA